UAUUAUAACCCUGCCUUCGUUCUGCUAUAUAUAUCUCUCUCUCUCUCUAAAGAAAAAUGAUGUAUUAUUGGCAGCAAGUGAGGAUGGAUGUAAGGAAGGCGGAGAGGAGUAGAUCCAUGAAAGAAGAUCAUCAGAAGCUGGAGAACGUCGAUCUUAGUGGCUUGUCUUUGGAUUCUUUACCAAAUUCUCCUCUCAACUUGGCCAUUAUAUGCACUUUAGAUCUCUCCAACAACAAUCUAGAGAACAUACCAGAGUCUUUGACGGCGAGAUUACUAAACGUGGUAACGUUGGACGUUCAUUCAAACCAGCUUAAAUCCCUGCCAAACUCCAUUGGCUGUCUAUCAAAGCUCAAGAUCCUCAACGUCUCUGGCAACCUUAUCGAAUCCCUCCCCAAAUCCAUUGAGAAUUGCAGGUCUCUAGAAGAAUUGAAUGCCAACUUCAACAAGUUAAAGAGACUUCCUGACACCAUUGGAUUUGAGCUGCUCAACCUUAAGAAACUCUCAGUCAACUCAAACAAGCUAACCUUUCUACCCAGUUCCAUCUCCCAUCUGACCUCCCUGCGUAUCUUAGACGCACGCCUUAACUGCCUAGGUUUCCUUCCAGAAGGAAUGGAGAAUCUAAUCAACCUCGAAAUCCUAAACGUGAGCCAAAAUUUCCAGUACCUUGACACACUACCAUACUCCAUAGGUCUUCUUUACUCUCUCCUUGAAUUAGACAUAAGUUAUAAUCAAAUCACAACAUUGCCUGAAUCGAUCGGAUGUCUCAAGAAUCUAAAGAAGCUCUCUGUUGAUGGUAAUCCCCUUGUUUCUCCUCCAAUGGAUAUUGUUAAGCGAGGAUUGGUUGUGGUGAAAGAGUACUUGAUGGAGAAGAUGAACCACAGCCCGAAGGGUCAGGUGAAGAAGAAGAGGUCAUGGCUAGGGAAGUUGGUGAGACACAAGACGUUUAGUGGCCAUAUGGCUGCAUCGACGGAAAAUCAAGAAGAGAUCAGGGACAAAUUCAUCAUGGAUCACUACCAAUCGAUCGAUGGUCUGACUUCUCCAAGACAUAUGGGGAUGUUUUCGCCUCGCCGUCUCUUUUCACCAAGGAGCUCUUGCAACCGUUGAUUGGAUGAUAGGUGGGGACUAGUGGGGAUAGUCCCCACCUAGGGAUCCACCAUCUAUGGGGAUAUGGGACUCAUAUUAUUGGACGGUGGAUCCCAUGUAGGGAUUUUCCCCACCUAGGGAUCCACUAUCCAUGGGGUAAGGUACCCACAUUCAUGGUUGGUGGAUUCCAAGUAGGGACCAUCCCAUGUGGGGGGAUUCCAGAUUUGUGGUCUGGUAAGAACUUUUUGUGUUUUUUGGAUCUAUAGUGAUGAAUCUGAUAUAGUCUGUUUUUAGUUGUUAAAGAUUUUUAAAGGAGUAUCUGCUCAUUGUCUAUGUAAAUAUGAACUUGUAUAUUUUGUCAGAACUUGGUGAAUGUUUUGUUGUUUGUACAUAGUUUAAUGGGAGUUUGGUA